GCGGACGAGCACGAGAGCUGAAAGCCGCGACUCCAUAUCCACUCGAGCUCGAGCUCGUCGUGAGAACUGCCGUCGGGAUUGAUGGCCCCGUUCGACUGUCGGGAAUGUGGCAUUGGCAUGUCCGAGAUUCGCCCUUUCUUCCAAUCUCCCUGCUGAGAGUUUUUUCCUCCAAAUUUCGGCCACAUCGUCUCGAAUUUUCUCUCUGUGAAACUCUCUGCAAGUGGGUGUAAUUGGAAUUGCCGGAGCAGCUUCGAAGCAAGAAUCUGCACAUCCGAAUUCACCAGCGUGGGAUAUCUCGAGAUUUCGGAGAGUACUGGCUGUUGUAGACCAGCCGCUGCCUUUCAUCGCUCGAAUUCGGCGACGAACGAUCGUACUCGGAACGUCGUUGCCGGGUUGGUGUUGUGGUACGUGCUCUGCGGGCUGAUUGUUAUGAUGUGGUAGAGGAGCCCGAGGUGUACGUGUUGCGAGUUUGUCUCGGAGCUCGAAUUUGAGCAUCACCUCAGCGCGGUCCCAAUGGUGCUCUUCUGUGCCCCUAUGCGGUGCCUGGGGUCAUGGCCUCAGCUCGUUCACUGUCCACAAAAGGUUUGCACAUGGAGGAGAGGUCCGUGGAUACGAAGUCAACGAAGACUGGGAAUCGUCGUUGCAGCGGGGACGGUCGGCGAGGCUGUCUGUGAAGUUCUUGAUAGCAGGCAGGCGACGCAGGUUUCUUCGUUUGUGGAUUCGCUUCUCGACUGGAACCAGCGCAUGAACCUGACAGCAGUCACCGAGCGCGAAGAAGUCAUGGAACGGCAUAUUAUGGAUUCGCUAGCAUUGCUUCCUGUGUUGGAAACAGCUUAUGGUGAACACACCUCCAAGAGAUCUGUCGAACAGCUGGAAGUCAUAGAUGUGGGAACUGGCGCUGGGCUUCCUGGAAUUGUUUUUGCCAUCGCACGACCAGCCUGGAAGAUCACCUUGUUAGAGUCUCUACAAAAGCGAUGUAAUUUCCUGGACUACGCAGUGGAGAGGUCAGGUUUAUCGAACGUCAAAGUCGUCCGUGCACGAGCUGAGGAUGGUGGACAGGACAAGACUCAUCGAGAAGCCUACGACGUUGCUGUAGCAAGGGCUGUGGCAGAAAUGCGAGUCCUCUCGGAGCUCUGCUUGCCAUUUGUACGAGUAGGUGGAAUCUUCGUGGCUGCCAAGGGUCCCGGUCCUGAGGAAGAAGUGGAAUCUGCCAAGAAGGCAAUAGGCUUACUUGGAGCGUCUCUCAUAUCUAUUUCAACUGUUGAUUCAAGAGGGCCAUUAGGCCAACGGACAGCGGUUGUAUGUCAAAAGCGUAAGUCGACACCUGCAAAGUACCCUCGAAGGCCUGGCACACCCAGUAAAACACCUUUGUAAAUUAUAGGGAACGGAUUUGUUUCCUUUGAUUAAUCAAAAGAGUCAUUAUUUUGAUUGCACAAUGAUCGAUGUUUGCACGUCACCUUACCAUAACUGGUUAACGUUCUCUCAACGCUCGAGUUUUACACACUCAUCCUUUCGAUAGUGUGUUAACUAGUUUACUACAAGCAUGCAUGUUUGAUGAGCAUGGCAGCAGCUCCACACAUGAGUCUGUCUGACGGACGUAUGUUAAUUCUCUCAAAACACUCUAUUUACGUUUUUCUUGGUCCAGCCUUUGCAGUACAAGACUAAGAUUGUGCUGAUCUGAACCGACUCCAAAGCUGAUACUUAAAUGUGCAUAUGCUAUCAGUUCAACACGGAGUUUUAUACUUCAUC